AUCCAGACUCUUGCAGUUCACCAGCUACGGAAAAAUACAGCAUGUCGCUCUUCAGGUCCAAGCGCUUGGACCUUAGCGGGUUUAUCAACGCCCGUGUCAUCCGUGACCACACUAAGCGGAAGGUUUUCGAGCAGCACGAGCCUGAACGUCAAGCUCUCCGUUACAUCAUCCGCAACACCUCCCUCCCACAACGUACCCGUGCCCAGGCUCAAUUGCAGCUUUCCCAGAUGCACGCCUACACCCGGCCCACUCAGAUCAAAAACCGCUGUGUGGCGGGUGGUAUUGCUCGAAGUGUGAUUCGUGACUUCAGAAUUGCUAGAUACCAAUUCCGUCAACAGGCACUGGCUGGUGAACUACCUGGUGUGAAGAAGGCCAGUUGGUAGUGUAUCCAUAUACCUCGGAUUGUUAUUAUUAUGUUCAUGGCUACUGGAUCAGCCGGUUUACACGAGGGCGUUUAAUUCUAUAUUUUUUUUUUGAGAAAGAUGUACAAUAUAUCAACUGCCGGGUUUCAAUAGACGAUACGUGUGGACGUUUCUUCGCGGAUUACGACUUCUUUGUUUAUAUCAAGUGCUCGCUACCGUCUGCUAAGUAUUCCAGAAAUGAGGUAUAC